AGAGGGAAAGAGAGAGAGUGUGUGUGUGUGUGUGAGUGAAGCGGGCGUUGACAUGGCGCUUGGAAAGACUGCCCGUUAUCUCAGGAAUAACCCGAAUCAACCGGGCACACAUUUUACACUUCUGAUUCUUCUCGGCUUCGCAUGUGAAAAUCUCAUGACGAGGUGAGGAUAUGCGAUGAUGUGCAGUGGGAUCAAACACAUGCUUGGUGAGGGUGGGGAGUGAGGGGCUCAGCGAGGGGCUGUAAGCAGAGCACGGUGGAUGAGAAUGUUGUUGUAACCAGGGUGGGUUGAGGACAAGACCUGGGCUUUUCUCCCAAACAUACAGUCCAGUUACAGCAGGGAAUUCUGCUACAGUGUACAGUGUGUGUGCGGCAGCCAGGUGGUGGUGCCCCCCAAGGUGAGCGGCGUGCUGGGGAAGAAUGUGACCCUGAGCUGCAGGAUUCAGGUGGACUCCAACCUGAGUCUGACGCAGAGCUCAUGGGAGAGGCGCCUGCCGUCCGGCUGGGUCACAGUGGCCGUCUACAACCCCAUGUUCGGCAUCUCCAUCCAGCCCGAGUACGAGCAUCGCCUGUCCUUCCGCAUGCCCUCCAUCCACGAUGCCACCAUCGUGCUGGACGACGUGGGUUUCUCAGAUGUCGGCGACUACACCUGCAAGGUUGCAACUUUUCCUUUAGGCAACACACAAGCCUCCACCACCCUCAGCGUCCUCGUGGAGCCGAAGGUGUACAUAUCUGCUGGUUCUACAGCUCUGUUAGAUGGAGGAAACCUGACCACUGUGGCUACUUGCAUUGCCGAGCGUGCCCGCCCCCCGGCCGACGUCUUCUGGGAGUCAAGUCUGUACGGCACAUCGGAAGUGCACGUGCAGAACGACGGCAACGGCACCACAACCACGCAGGUGCACUACACCUGGGAGCCCACGCGCCACGCCCAGGGUGACACCCUCACCUGCGUGGUGAGACACCCGGCCCUGCCGACUGAAUUCAGGAUGCCUUACGUCAUCAACGUGCAGUUUGCUCCGGACAUCCUGCUGUUGGGCUACGAUGGGGACUGGUAUGUGGGGAGGGAGAAUGUCCAGCUGAAGUGCCAAGUCAAAGCUAACCCGCCGGUCCACCACUUCAGAUGGAUCAGGCUGGACGGGGAGAUGCCAGACGGAGUGGAGGUGGUGAAUAAUUCCCUGACGUUCCUGAGGCCACUGCAGAGGAACGACUCCGGCGUGUACAGGUGCGAGGUGGAAAACAACAUCGGCCCGCGCACCCGCGACCUCAGGAUCCGCAUCCAAGAUCCUCCUUCCACCACCACUAUGCCUCCCACCACCCCUGUGCUCCUUCUUAAUGCCGACAUCUCUGUCACAGCGCCUGGCAAUAAGCAGCGGGCCCUCUUCACCUCCCCAACCCUGGCGCCGCUGCACGAAGGCAACCUGGGCACCAUUGUGGGUGGGGCGGUAGGCGGAGCUCUUUUCCUGUUGCUGCUUCUGGUGCUUGGUGGAGUUUACUACCAGCGGCGGCGACGCACCUUCCGUGGAGACUACUACACCAAGCAGUACGUGGGACCUUCAGACAUGCAGAAAGCACCGCCGCCGCCACCACACGAGCUUCACAUCUACACCAACGAGGCAGACAGGGCCAGUCCUGACACCAAGCUCAAAUCAUGCCACGACGUCAACGGCACCAUCCUCUCUGACAAAGACCGAGAGGAGUGGGGAGGCUUUGAGCGGGAGAGAUCCCCGAAUGGCCGCAGUAGAGCUUUACGAGAGGCCAACACCCAGCAAAACCUCCAGAACCAUCACAACCACAAUCAGCAGCAGAGCUACCAACCUAUCCACCACCCAACCCCCCAGCCCAACCACCAACCAAACCACCAGAGCUUCCUCAGCACCCCGCACAAGCACAGGAGCUCACUCCAGCCUGAGUCCCGCAGAUACCCUGGCCCUCAGGUGAUGGGAAAUGGCUCCCCCUUCUUGCCGGAGGACUGCUUUGACAGUGACUAUGUGUCACACACAGAUGGCUCCAUGAUCUCUCGCCGGGAGUGGUACGUCUAAACAGGGUGGCGCUGCAGAAAGAGACUGCUUACAACUCUCCGCAGAAGACGUCAAACUUGUAAAAGAAUAUGAUGGUAGAAAUAGAAUAUGUACUGAAGAAAAAAAGAUAAAUAGAAAAAAGCACCUCUUGCACCUUUUUUUCACGCUUCUACUGUUUUGGUGUGACCUGUCACUUUUUUGGUCGAUGUAAAGGAUAAUAUGGGUAACAAAAAGAGAAAAGUACACCCUGAGUUGCCUAUUUAUUAGGAACACCUGCCUUUUCUCUGCACUUAUUGGGCAUUUUAUCAGGUCCACCUACCAUACAGUCAAAAAAGAAACGCACCCUAAAGUGUUCUUAGUUAAUCCUGCACCAUGUGAUACCAUGUAUGGGUUUCUCCUAGCACAAAAAGCUUUCAAGAAAGCUUAUAUAGAUACUGACUGUAGCCUAUCUAUAGCUGUGGACAAGUUCAUACGCCUUUUCCCAGUCCAUCAGUGGAAAGAGACCGCCAUAGUACCGCCACUGACCAACUAUUGUUUGGGUUGUGGACUUUUGUGGAUUACGGCAAUCUUGCUAGGGUUUGUAUCUGAUCAGUGGUGGUCUUAUUGGGGUCCCUUUUCACUGAUUGAUGGGGGCUGACUAGCUCCAGUCACUAAUUUUACACCUAUGACAUGACCUGUAUGGAAGGUGAACCUGAUAACCUGGCCAAUUUCUGUAAAUACAGGUAGAGUAAACCUAUAAACUGGCAACCUUUCAUAUAUAAAUAUGCUCAGUGGUCACUGAUUUAAGUUAAGAUUCCUAUGUUAAUACCUGAAAAUAUCCUACUUUAAUUACAGUGAGGCAGAACUGUACACAAUCCGUAGAUCUCAGUUUUUUUAAAAAAAGGACAGGUGAGUGUUUCAGACAGCGCUGACGUGAUGAAAUAGUGAACUUUCAGUAAUAUCGUAGUUCUAAUAGAAACAGAAAUUAGCUCUUGUCAACAGUCUGCCAUCUGGCGUGGUUACCAUGGCAACGCUUCAAUGUCCCUCUCCUCAGGCAUUAAAUGGAGUGAGCUGUAGGAACAGUGCUAGACAGGGAGGACUUGGCUCGAACACACACACACACACACACACACACACCUCUACAUACAGAGAGCAAGCAGCUGCAGUGUAUUUAUGUACCAAAACUUGAGUGUUCAGAUGUACAUUUUGUUAAUCACAUGCCAUUUGUUAACACUGCCCAGUAACGUUUAUUAGCGAUGUGUAUCGGUGUGACCCUCAGUUAAGAUUAUGGUAGUUCCUAUGAAAUCUGUUCUUUUAGUGCCUUUCUUCGUGUGUUGAACAUGAUCUCAUCAGUUAGGACGUUUGUUUCCGCAGUCUUUCCAAUCACUGUCCUCUGUUGUCAUCAGUCAGACUUUUCCUCCUCUUCCAUUCCUGAGCCAGCACCUUGACAGGAAAGUUCGGUUCAUAAAUUUAGGUACAUUUUUCAUAUUUACAUGAAGGUGACCAUUUAAACGUACAGAAGCACUCUUUGUAGUUUUGAGCUAGAUAACAUUAGCUGUGCUAUUUAAAAGUUCCCUCAAAUUUUACAGAGAGGUAAAGCAUUCUUUCCUUGAAUUUAUACAUUAUAAAUAAAUAAAUAAAUCCACUAAUGUAAAAUAAAUUGAUGUAUUUAAUGAAUGGCUCUACACCAUGACAUCAUUCAUGAAAUGAUGAUUUAUUUUAUUUCUCCUCCAAACCAGACCAAAACUGACAAGCUCACGGAGUUCCAAACUUUCAGUUCUUUCAUUAAGUCGAGAGACAAACCUAGAAAGUUAUAUGUAAGCAUGCAGCCAAAACAGCUUACUUUUGCUAAGUUCCUGAUCGUUUAUUUCUAAUAUUUAACGACGGUGCAGCACGUUGUCCCACAAUCCAUAAUCAGCCCCUGAUUGUACACUCCAUUUUGUUUUUUUGAACUUUGGUGAACUUUUUCCCUUGGCAAUGCCAAAAAAUUAGCAUCAUAUACUGUGUAAAGUUGUUAUGUGAAUAAACUGUUAGCAAUUAUCUCAAUUUCGUGACAUUUAGUUGCAUAAUGUUCAGUGUGAUCAAGCCUCAAGUGUCUGAGGUUAAAUGCACGACUGAAGCUAAAUGUGGUCAAUGUUUCAAUAUUUUUUCACCUAAUAAGCAGAGUUUUCUGUUGUCCUCCUCUGUAUGGAAGCUGACUAAUACAUCUGGAGGGGGUUCUUCAAGACGGCGGCUCAGGAGGGGGAAGAGUAGAGAGCAGUGGAUGCUCACUGAUGACAACCCAUGGCUGUGAUUGGCUAAAAAGAAUGUUGAUCCAGGAACAUGUCCUACUUGAGUGCAUGUGCAAUGUGUGUAAAUACACUUAACUGGUGUUAAACCUCCACAGUAUAUUUAAUGGAUCAGUUCUCGGUCUAGCAGUGCGACAGUGUUCAAAAGUUUCAUCGAUUCCUAACGUAUCUGUUCCACAUUCGUCGUUAUUUUGGCUAAUAUGAGUUUUGCUGACUAGGUCAAAGAGAAGAGUAAUAAUUAUUAGUUAUAUGUAUCACGACUGUGUCCAGGUCAGGGAGAUGAGAGCAGUGCCUUAUUGUGAAGAUGUAGUUUAUUACAGUGGCAUUCUAAAGGCUUGUUAUUAUAAUGAUCUAUCUGUGAAUGUACGAGUAUCUGUCCUUGAGUGUUGAGUAAAAUGACCAGUGCAGGUGCGUUGGUGAGCGUCCUGUAUGGUCCUGGACUUCUCCAGUUCUUCCAUUUGCCUUUGCCACUUUAGAAGACCUUUGUCUAUUUGUGCCAUUACUUGUAUAGUUGUUUUUUCCUGAAUAGUCAGACAAUAGCAUAUUUUGCUCACCGAAAAAUGACAUUUGUGACACUUGAGUUGCAAUGCAGAAAAAAAAAUCUGAAAAAUUGGAAAUUUUGUUGAAAGGUGAUAUCUGAUAAUAAUUAGUAUGUUUGUAGUUGAAGGGGUAAAGGUUGUGCAAAUAAAUAAGAGUUGUUUAUUCUGUAUAUAUGUUUUUUUCUCCUGUAUAAAGACUGAGAUGUGAUGACGGAGCACACCAGAGCACGCCUACCACUUCACUGUUUAUGAAAAGUGCUCAGGCUUACUGAGAUUUCUCGACCACUUGCGCUCCUCUCCACCAGUUUUUUUUUUUUUUUUUUUUUUUCUACAGAGGAGAUACUGUUAAAAGGAACUGUCAUGAAUAAAAUAUGGAUGAGCUGUAUGGAAUGAGCAUUAUUUUGUAAGAUUAAUGUUUGGGAAAGGUUUUGUUUUGAAAUAAAGCACCUUUUUUCUUUGA